AUGACUGACGAUAUACCAGAGACCGGUGCAGUGUUCACCUUUGGCAAAUCCCACUUUGCUGAAAACGAAGCAAGCCACUUCUUCAUCAAGAACGAUCCCAUUGUCGCUAUAUCAUGUGGGGACGAACACAGCGCUGUCAUUUGUCAGAAUGGUCGUGUCUUCGUUUUUGGGACGAAUGCUUGGGGGCAGCUAGGUUUAGGGCAUAAAGAUGAAGUAACACGUCCUAGUUGCGUGAAAUGGCUGAAGCCCCACCGAGCUUUGUUCGUCGCUUGUGGUCGAGCUCACACGAUCUUCGUAACUGACACUAACACAAUUUACUCGGUCGGAUGUAACGAUGAAGGACAAUUGGGUACUGGCAAUAUGGAGCACCUCAGUAUGCCCCAAGCUGUGGAUCUGGAAAUCGGUCAGCCCAUCAAGCAAGUGUCUGCUGGGAGCAACCAUACUGCUUUACUUACUGAUGACGGUCGCGUGUUUGUCUGCGGGUCCAACUCUGAAGGUCAGCUCGGACUCGGGGAAGCCACGCGUUCAUGUGUUAAGUUUACUGAACUAUCGUUCAUGGAGAAGAUCGCAUUCGUAGAAUGUGGAUACUACCAUACUGUGUUUAUAACAGACAAAGGCGCAGUUUUUGUCACUGGCGAUAAUGAAAAUCAAAAACUUGGCAUUCCAAACACCGCUACCACCAUCUACGCACCACAAGUAAUACCUCUAGAUAUACAAAUUAAAAGUGCAUGUUGUGGUGCAAAUCACACUUUCCUCUUGUCCAUGGACGAAUCGAAGAUUUUGGCUUUUGGCUCUAAUGAAAAGGGACAGUUGGGUAUGCCAAAGGAAUUGGAAUAUGUCACUGAGCCUACUGAAAUUGAUAUGGAGAAAAUGUUCGAUGGUUACCAGUUGAAAUUAGUGGCGUGCGGCGCUAUGCAUACAGCUUUUGUAACGGAUAACGGCUUACUUUACACAUGUGGCGAAGCGCGUCACAACAAACUUUGUUUGGAAGAAGCCGAUGACGCUAAUAAUUCAAACGAGGCAGUUGCUAAUCAAUACUCGCCAAAGCGGGUCACAGCCAUGAAUGGUUUCAUUGUGGACAAUGUAGCAUGUGGCGGCUGCCAUACGUUACUCACUGCUGUAAAAGGCUCAAAUUUAGAUUUCUCUAACAAUGACUUUAGUAUUAUAAGCGAAGAAAACCGACCUAUCAGCCUAACUGAACUGCCUCCACUGCAAAAAGUUCCGGCAAUGAAUAAAACAGACGAAAUUACUAUGGAAGAUGUUGCCAAUUCCAAUAUUAUAACCAGCACGGAAAAUAUAACUGGCAACGGUAAUGGAGAAACGGGAUCUAUAGAUUCAUUGGAAGCGAACGUUAGUGGAUCUCAUAUAGUAAAUAUAAAUGAACUAGAUCCUGACACCGCAAGUACACACGGCAUACCUAAUAUUACUAAUGAUGAAGACACAAAAAUGGAUAUAGACAAAGAAAUUGAUAAUAUGAUGCAAAAAGUAGACUCUGAAAUCAAAAAAGGUGAAGAUAAAGUAGAUAAGCUAACGCAUAAUAUAGCAGAGAUGAUCCAUACAAAAGUAGAGGUGGUUGAAGAAGUAUUUAAAAAAGAAGUUGAACACAAAUCACCAAGCUUCCAUAUCGGUGAUAAAAAAAUCUUAGAUAUACCAGACAAAACGUUAGAAAUAGCAAACUCUCCGCCACCUAAAACACCGAUUAUACAAGAUUUAUUAAUUAUCCCAGAUAUUUCUCAAAUGAGUCCUAACUUAAGUAAGCAUAGCGACGACGGUCAAAAAAGUGAGACAGGACAAUCUGAAAACGAAACAAUACCUUGUGGCUCUGACAAAUCCAGUCCUCAGAUGGGUAAAACUAAAACUCAAGCGGUAAUGCCAAUUGUGAGAAGUGAAGAUAACAUCGAUUCACAUGAAGAUCCUGUUAAUUGCGAAGAAAAUGAUGUAGUCGUGAACAAAAUGGAGGAAAAGGGACGUUUCGCUCGUAUUUUUCAAUCUAUCAAGGAUAAAGAACACUCUUGUAUGGGUAAAGGAAAAGUCAUUGAGGAAAAAGUAGUAGAAAACGUUAACAAAGGCAUCGAUAAUGCCGAAGAAACCGUGCACAAGGUAGAGGAAAGAGUGGAGACGGAAAUACGAAACCAAACUAACUCACGAACUUGCACAAUUUUA